AUGGAUCCGACAAUAAUUCUUCCUUUAGAAAUUGUCCAAAAAGUGUUUCUUCUACUUUCGCCAUGUAGAGACCUACCGGCGGCCAGAUUAGUGUCAAAAAGAUGGAAACAUAUUCUCGACAGAGUAAUCGAAAUGCGCGUUUCUACCUCUAUUUCGGCUUUAACCACUCGUUCUCCCUUACGUUGGUUCCAAGCCAGAUCAAUAGAGGCUCGGGACUCGUCCGUCCCAAACGCGUGUCCAACGUCGCGUUUCGGAGCGACUACGAUUAGAAAGGGCCAUAAACUGUAUGUAUUUGGUGGAGCCACUUAUGAAAUGACGGCAUUUAAUGAUAUGUGGGUUUAUGAUCUUACUUCAUCCCACUGGAGUCGCAUAACAAAGCGGGGGGAGUUGCCAUCUCCUCGCGCCUUUGCUAAAUGUGGAUUCGUCGGCAAUAUCCUUUAUAUUUAUGGUGGCUGUCAAACAUAUCGCUAUGGACUGGAUCAAGGAGAACACUUCCCUGCUGCCUUGGUCCUCUUUGGUGGCUACUCCCGCUUCGACGGCGUGACUGUAAAUACUGGCUUCGUGAUCCUCCCCAACCUCGGCCAAUGGUUUGAACUUCCAGAUGCCAUGUCACCCACGAAACCGGCCGGUCGUUUUGGCCACGCAACCUGCGCUCUUGGUGACUGUCGUAUCCUCGUUGUGGGUGGCAACCUGCGUGCACCGCAGCCUCCGCACAUG